UCCUGUUGCUACGGUAACGGAGUUUGUUUCAGCUGACUGAGGCUGCGGUUCAUUUAUAGUUGUUUUAUAAAGCAGCUAACAGCUGGCAUGACGUUUGUUUUUACUGUCGCUAACCGCGAGCAGCGGAAAGUUUGCAAAUAAGAGCGACAUUUUAGUUUAUUAAAGGUGUGACUUGUGACAGUCAAGGAUCUGAAUACGUCCAGAACUAAUUCGCCGCUGUCGGCCCAGAAGGGCGAUGAGGACCGUGAUGUCAGCCAGCGGCCGGGAGGAAGCUGUGGUCGUCAGGAGGAGCGAAUCGGCGGAUGCUGAGGGGAUCGACAGCCUCAUCGGCCCCUCAGCUGUGGCGGUUUUCGGAAGAGUCAACGUAAUCCAUCUUCUAGAGAAAGCCAAUCUGGCCGUGACUCUGGCCAACGAGAGGGAGGACAUUCUGGCCCACGCUUCCUUCUUCGAUCACCCCAUCGGAGACUUGGUGGAUCAGGCUCACUGGGAACCUUUCCUGCAGAAACACUUCAGCGCCGAAACAUGCACACCUUGGAACACACUCUUCCUCCACAUCUUCUUGGCACAGCCAGAUUUUGCCGCUGCAUGUAUAAAGGAAAUAAUGAGGGCCGUCUUUAACGCCGUCACAGAGCUUCAACACAUCUGCCUGGUCAGCCCGAACCUCGGUAGUUUAGAGCCGGCGCUAGAGGAGGUGUUUGAGCCGCUGCAGCGCCGGAAGGACCCCGGGCGUCUGUGCUUAGCCUUCAUCUGCUGCAGAGAAGAGCACAGUCCACAGCUUCUCAUCCGCACGGGCAGGGUUGAAGAUUACGAUGACAUCAUGUGCCUUAAUGCAGAGAGGGAAAACCAACGGCCGUCCCUCCUGGCGGAGAUCCUGGAGGCCCAGGACGAGAAGAAUUCUACACUGGUUUGUGAGAGCGGCGGACUCGUCGUCGGCCUCAUGAGGAUCUCCGCUCAGGUCGAUAUGACUCGUCUGAACGCAGACUUUGAGUGCGAUGACUUCGGUGGUUUCUACAGACGUGAGGAAGUCGGCGCUCGGCGCGACGCCCGGCCGGAGGAAACACAGUCGGCUGGACGCUCCGCAAAGACUCUCAACGCCGUCUGCAUUCAGGACUUCAUUAUUGACAAGAAUUAUGUCACCAGAUCAGCGGACUUCAUUUCAUAUAUAUUCAACCUUUACCCAGACCUGGACUUCUGCAUCGUCUCCGUACCGAUGGCGUGCCCCAAACUCCCGCUGCUGCUGCAGAGCUUCCUCAGACGGACAUCUCGCGCCUCCAGCUGGCCCCCCCAGGAACUCUACGUCCUCCCCCGCGCCGGGCACAGCGGCGUGGAGGUGAGACCGGCCGUGGCUGCAGACCGACCGGCUCUGUGUGAUCUGGUGAAGGAUCUGAGGCUCAGCGAGGCCCUGCUGCAGGACCUGGACCGCUUCUACGAGAGCCGCAGAGACCCGGGCGGCGCGGCGCUGCAGGCCUUCGUGGCCCAACACGGCGGUCAGCUGGUGGGGACACUGAUCCUCAGAGACGAACAGGAUGCCGAGUACAUCUGCGCCCACUACAACAUCGAAAACUUCAUCUACUUCAGCCAUCACCGUCGCGAGGAGCUCGCUCAGAUACGCCACUUGGUCCUCAAGAGCUCCUUCCAGCACUUGGGAAGACACUUGUUCAAGGAGGUGCUCCGGCUGGCUGGCAGGUCCUGCCUGUUCCACAGAAUGUACCCCUCCAUCCAGGGCCAGGAGCGCACUCAGAAUUCCUGCAUCCACCACCUGGAUGUGGUGCUGGACUACGCGGUCCCCGUCCGCCCGCGACGCCAGAUCCUCUACCCGCUGGAGGAGCUCGGCAUCAACGCCCCCUCCAGGCGGAUCACCGAGCACCAGGCUCCGUUUGCUCUCAGCCUCAUCAGCAGGAAGUUGACCUUGGAGCCCAAGGUCACCGUCAACGCCAGGAUCGUGGUGGUCGGGGCCUCGAACACGGGCCUGUCGUUCCUCGAGGUACUUUGUCUCUGUCCUCACCUGAGGUUCUACAGCCUCACCCUCGUCUCAACGCACGGUUUCCCCGGCGACCACGAACACGACGACGUGGGAUUUCUGUCCACAAGUCAUGCAUACAGCAGAAGAGACUUGGCCCAGCUCCCCCUGCAGUCCUGCGUUGCCACGGUGACCGGGAAGAUGGUGGGCAUCAACAGGAAGUCCAAACUCGUCCUGGUGUCCGGCGGCGUGAAGCUGCCCUACGACCACCUCGUCCUGUGCACGGGCCUCCAGUACCAGGUCCCCGGCCCCCCCGGUGUGGACCUGCAGCCAAACGGCUCCAGAUACACCGGGCCCGUCCCCGCCAACCUGCUCACCCUCAACGACCUGCAGGACUGCGCGGCUGCUCGCCGCUGGCUGCUGUCCAACUUCGUGGAGCUGGAGGAUAACGCCGUCGUCUACGGGGACGGCAUCGACGUCUUCACCGCCACGGAGACCUUGCUCCGCCUCGGCGUCCGGGGGAGUCGCAUCCACCUGGUCCUCCCGCCUCCCGGGGGCGGCGACCCCCGCCUGGGCGACCCCGUGGUGGAGGGCGCCGUGGCCACGGCCCUGAAGGAGGCCGAGGUCCAGGUCCACCGCCACUGCCUGCUGACCCGGAUGGACGUCGGCGGAGAUGAUGGUCCGCUCACGUCUGUGUCCUUCGCCUCGGAGGAGGAGCCCCUACGUCUGCAGUGCGGCGUGUUCAUCAACCUUUCCAACAAAGGAGUCGACUACGACGCUUUCCGCAGCAUCAACAACUCCUUCCUGCCCUUCGACGGCAGGCUCGUCAUCGACGCCACCUUCCGUACCUGCGACUCACACGUCUACGGCGCCGGGCCGCUCACCAAGUUUUCCCGCCGCUACUACGCGGACGAGUGGUCGCACGGCAACUUCAACUCCAAGGAGGUGGGCCAGGACCUGGCGGCCAUGUUGCUGCCCCUCUUCGACCCGACGCUGCAGCCUGAGGCGCCGCCUGAGAGGGACCGCCUGGUGCCGCUGUACACACAGGCCAAGAUCCGAGGUGAGAGGCUUCCCGGAGGAUUGAACUACCUGCAUGUGACCAAACCGUCCGCUACCUACGCCACGAGUCCUCCUGUGACACAUGUGAGGCAGCGAGGAUGUCCACACACAGCUGCUGCUUAUUCCCACAACAUCUGCAGCGACGUGUCAAUGCAGCCCCCGCCCUCUCUAACUGUCGCCCCCGCUCAAGUUGCAGGACAGGGGCAUCGUGACGGGACGAGCGGAGACGGGGAACUACUUCUCCUUGCGCCUGGACCGCUACGACAUGGUGGACGAGCUCACCUGCUUGUCCCUGAAGCCCCUCCCCUUCUCCAAUUACCUUUGUCUGUUCGGGAAACACCAGCAGCUGCUGGGCCAGCUGUCCAGCCGCUACCGCCAGGGCCUGAUCCACGACCUGUACAGGUGGGGGAGAGCUCACUGACGCCCCCUCCCCCCCAGGGGGACGGUGUCCACGUCCACUCCUCUGUACUCCUGCAGCCUCAAGUGUCCACUUUGAAACCUCAGCAUGCAGAUACACACUUAUUCUAGGUGAUGGUAAUCUGUACUCAGAUUUUGUUGUAUUAUUCCAUCUACAGUCAGACAGUUUCACUAAAAAUAAAGACUCCCUCAUCGUUACAGAAGAGGGAAACGUUGCUCCUAAUGGAUCAUAAAUAGGCCACAAGAAGGAAACUGUUUUUUAAUGCUGAUGAAGCAGCGAGGUCGUCUUAUCAGAAUGACAGAGGAAGGAAUGUGUUCAAGUCUUCACCUUCAAACUUCAAAAGGAAAACAAAGUAUAAGUAAAUAUAAUAUUUAUAUUCAUAUUUAUAUUUCCAGCUGUUUUAGUCCCAUGUUGUAUGAUUCAUUUUGUUACGCUGUUAUUCCGUCGUGGAGGUUUGAUAAGACGGGGGGGGGGGCCUCAGCUUUUCAUCGUAGUGAAACUUCCCAUCAUGCAUCAGCUGACUAAUGACCGCCACGCGCUCAAAGUCACACAAACGCCAUCUUCAGAGAUUUAGGCCUUCAGAGUGUUUUGUCCGCACGCCAAGUGUCUGCUGGUGUGACUUUGCUGUGUGUGUGUGUGUGUGUGUGUGUGUGUUAGUCAAACAGUGGGUGACCUGCUUCUGAGGGUCCAACACCGACCCACAGAUAUGGACGUCUAUUGUCCCCUGCCUCCUAAUCUGUUUAUGCAGCUCCCCAAUCUGUCUUUGUGGUGGGAGACAAAGCAGCCCCCCCCCCUCCCUCACCCCCUCCCUCGCUCGCUGCAUAGGGCGAUUUGUCGUCACGCCGCUGCCUCACUCAGCUGACUCGUAAAGUCAUUGUGGAGCCUGACGGAGCACCGGGAGCCGUUAAAAUCAUUGAUUGACCGGGUGGCUGCUGGGGGUCACUCAGCCGUGUGUGUGUGUGUGCGUGCGUGCGUGCGUGCGUGC